CAGAUUCAGGCUAGCUGUAUGCAUAGGAUUUUGCCAAGGCUUCAGGACCACUUCAAGCUGGAUGAAUGUCUUCUGAUUACCAGACCAUCGCUUGCACCCAACAAUUCAACCUACAACUACACCAAAAAUAAUCAGAAGUUAACUUUCAGUUUUUUCACCCAGAUUCAAAAAAGUCAAGAUUGGAACGGGCCUAAGUAUAACUUCAGUUUUGUGAAUUUCAAGGACGUUGUCCAAAAUCGACUUGAAGUUAAUACCACAGUUGACUUUAUAGGAUAUGUUGAGGUUUGUUUCAAUCUAGAGGGCACCACUAAAAAGGAUGGUACGAAAGGCAAGAGAUUGAAUGUUAAGCUUAAAGAUCUUGAGAACCAGCAGAUUAUUGGUACACUUUGGGAUGAAUUUGCAAUUCGGAUGCAUGCCCACUUCAACGCUGAAAAUCGAGAGACGUAUGUCGUGAUGGUUGUUCACUUCGGUGUUGUGAAUCUUUACAAAGGAAAACGUGGUUUGUCAACCUCAUUUGACAUUAGUAGAAUUUUCAUCGACACUGACAUUGAUGAAAUUACUACUUUCAGGAGAGGUAUUCUAGAAUUGUUUUAGUUAUUUUGA